UAGUCGAUAAGUCCACAACUGCUACAUACACUUGCUACUACCGGGUCACGUAGACUUUCAUGUCACUUUGUUCACAUGCGUUCCCAAACUACAAUAUACAUACUAACCUAAUUCCGCGUGUUUUUGCAUUGUCAAUUGUGCAAUUAAAUGAUUGGUGACAAAAGAAAUUAGUCAUUGAACGUGACACGUUGUGUGACUGACAAACGUUUUAUACUUUCAUGAUUUUUGAAACUACUUGAAAUUUUAUACUUUGAAAUGGAUUUCUCUGAAAAAGCAUCCGUGAUAAAUCCCGUUAAGAAGGCGAACCCAAUCUCGAGACACUUUUUCAUGUGGGUAUUUCCCCUGUUUCGAAAAGGAUAUCAAUCAGAUUUAACGGCAGACGAUUUAUACGACCCACGCCAAAGUGAUGUCUCGUCCACCUUAGGAGAUAAAUUAGAAGAAGCAUGGUUCAAAGAAUUGGAGAAAGCGAGUCACAAAUCUGGAACGAAACCAAGACUUCGGAACGCUUUGUGGGCAUGUUUUGGAAAAUAUUAUGCAGCCAUUUUUAUCCUCUACUUUAUAACUGAAUGCAUUCUCAGGGUGGCACAACCCCUUUUUAUCAGGGAGUUGGUAAGAUCAUUUUCCGAACAUUCAGACGUGAGUGAAGGGGGUCAGUAUGGUUUGGCGUGCGGCGUCAUUGUGUCCACAUUUAUGAUCACAAUGUUUUUUCAUCCCAGUUUUCACGGAGGUUUUAUCACAGCGAUGCGAUGCCGAAUUUCGUGCUCAUCCAUCAUUUAUCGAAAGGCCUUAAGACUGAGCAAAGCAAGCCAAGGGAGCACAACGGUUGGACAGAUUACAAAUAUUCUGUCAAACGACGUCAAUCGAUUCGAUCUGAACCUCCUUUUUCUCCCGUAUUUUAUCAUGGGGCCGAUCCAGUUCCUAAUCUUUGUGUAUUUUCUGUGGGAUGAAUUUGGUACUUCUAGUUUAGCAGGGUUUGGAGUGGUCAUUCUCAUGUCAGUCGUGCAAUAUUGGAAUGGAACCCUAUCGACGGAAUUUCGUAGAAAAAUCGCGGUAAAAACGGACGAACGUUCGAGGACAAUGAAUGAAAUUAUAGUUGCCAUUCGUGUCAUUAAGAUGUACGCCUGGGAAAAGCCGUUCACAAAUUUGAUCAACAAACUUCGAAAGUUGGAAAUGAGCGUAAUCCGGAAGCGGUCCUAUCUUCGUGGAAUUUAUCUCUCCGUAUACUCUUCAGCCCUAAAAUUCCUCCCGUUCCUCACCUUCCUCGUAUUCACUUUAGCGACGGACGAAGACUUAACUCCUGACAAGGUGUUUUUUACAGUCGCCGUUUAUAACGUCAUCAUUCAGAAUACGAUGUAUUUUAUACCGUCAGCAGCGUCGGGAAUUGGAGAGAUAAUGGUCUCAUUAAAACGUUUAGAGACUUUUCUACUCUUGGAAGAAAAGGGAGAAAGCAUGAGCAAAAAUUAUGUCAGAAUUGACACUGUAGGAAGCCCAUUUCCGAUUGAUCUUGGUCCUGGAGAAAGUCCAAGAGUUUGUCUCAAUUCGGCUACAGCGAGUUGGACCGGGGAUAAAAAUCAUCUCCAAGAUAUCCAAAUGGAUGUCUCCGGUGACAAAGUCGUUGUUAUUGUGGGACCGGUAGGCUCUGGGAAGACAACACUACUGCACGCUCUUCUCGGUGAACUUCCAAUUCAGAGUGGACGUUGUGCAAUUCAUGGACGAAUAGCUUAUGCGAGUCAAGAACCUUGGAUAUUUGCAGCGACGGUACGCCAAAAUAUUUUAUUCGGUCGUCCAUUUCAUCAAGAAAAGUAUGCCGAAGUCACAGCAGCUGCUGCACUGCUGGACGAUUUUAAACAGUUGUCUCACGGCGAUAUGACCGUAGUUGGAGAUCGUGGUGCAUCUCUGAGCGGGGGUCAAAAAGCCCGAAUUAAUUUGGCUCGAGCACUAUACCAGGAGGCUGAAAUUUACAUUAUGGACGACCCACUUUCAGCAGUUGACGCGAGGGUCAGUCGACACCUGUUUGAAAAAUGUAUGAAGACAUUUUUAAAAGGAAAGUUGAGAAUACUCGUCACUCAUCAGCUCCAGUAUUUGUCUCAGGCGGAUCACAUCCUUGUUUUCAGUGAUGGUAAAAUUCAUUCUCAAGGGACAUUUGACCAGUUGGUGGAGCAAGGGGUCGAUUUUGUGAGUCUCUUAGCGUCAGAUAGUCUUGAUGAUGCCAAGAAUAGAAAAGUUAGCGUCGUCGCAAAAGAAGAGGAGCACGUCGAAAAACCAAAGGAGAAUUUGAAGAAGCAGGAUCUCGGCGAGAAGAUGGCCACGGGCGCAUUAAACUCUCAAGUUUACUGGGAAUAUUUUAAAAUCGGGAAUUCUCCGAUUGGUUUAUUUCUUUUGAUAAGCAUCUGUGCAUCUGCUCAAGUGGCCAUUUCAGCGACGGAAUUUUGGAUGUCGUUUUGGUCCAAUGCCGAGGCGAAAGAGAGAGAUGAAGCAGAAACUGGGGGUUAUGACAAUUAUCUUGGACAAACCACAUAUCUGUCCAUUUACGGGGGUCUGGUGGCGUUAGUGUUGGUCUUAAACUUUCUUCGAGCGGUUGGGUGGUUUACCUACAGUGCUAGAAUCAGUGUCAACAUGCACGACAAAAUGUUUUCGUCCAUUGUCCGGUCUCCAACAAAGUUUUUUGAUGAUAAUCCUCCAGGCCGCGUAAUGAAUCGCUUUACAAAGGAUCUCGGCCAUAUGGAUGAACUGCUUCCCCCAGUAUUUUUUGAAACGACGAUAAUUUUGCUCCAAAUGGCUGGAGUAUUGGCGAUUGUAAUCGUGGCGAAUUGGGUUAUUGCCAUACCCGCCGUGGUGGUCAUCGUCGUGCUAAUUCUUCUGAGGCAAUUUUAUAUCAGAACUGCAAGAGCCGUUAAGAGAAUUGAAGGAAUGUCAAAAAGUCCCGUCUUCACGCAUGCUGCUGCUACAUUUCAAGGGCUUACGACCAUCAGAUCGGCAAAUAUUGAAAAAAUAUUGAUACAGCAAUUUGACGGGUUUCAGGACGCACAUACAUCUGCGUGGUAUCUAUUUCUCGUCACCAUUCGUUGUUUCGGUGUGUGGGUUGAAAUGGUGGCCGUCCUUUUCUUGGGAGUUAUCGCAUUCAGUUUUCUCAUCUUACAAAAUUCUUCACAACAGAGCGGAAAUGUAGGCCUGGCUAUUACUUCUGCCAUGAAUCUAACCACUUGGGUACAAUUUGCGUUGCGACAAUCUGCCGAAGUCGCGAAUUUGAUGACUUCAGUUGAGCGAACUUUAGAAUAUGUCGGUCUUCCUUCAGAAGCGAAAUUAGAGUCAAAACCAGAUAAAAAACCACCAUCGGAUUGGCCGAAAAAUGGAGAAAUUCUCUUCAAAGAUGUCCACCUAGCUUAUAGCGGCACUCCUGUUUUGCGAAAUCUAAACUUUACCAUCGGAGCAAAGGCAAAAAUUGGCAUCGUGGGGCGGACUGGCGCAGGCAAGAGUUCAAUAAUUCAAGCCCUGUUCCGAAUGGUUGAACCAACCGGAGACAUUUUUAUUGACGGGGUGAAAGUCAAUGAUAUCGGAUUGCACGAUCUGAGAAGCCGAAUUUCCAUCAUUCCACAAGAUCCAGUAUUAUUUUGUGGAACGAUGCGUUACAAUUUGGACCCAUUCUCCAUGUUUGAGGAUGGAGAUUUAUGGAGAGUUUUGGAAGAGGUGCAUUUGAAAGAUGCGAUUCCUGAUUUGAGCUUCAAAGUGUCUGACGGGGGUGAUAACUUCAGUGUUGGGCAGAAACAAUUGGUAUGCUUGGCGAGAGCGAUAUUAAGGGAAAAUCGCAUCAUAUUAAUGGAUGAGGCUACUGCCAAUUGUGAUCCGCUAACUGACAAUUUCAUCCAAGAAACGAUUCGAACCAGAUUUGCGGAAUGUACGAUAAUCACAAUUGCUCAUAGAUUGAACAGUGUAAUGGAUUGCGAUCGCAUUCUUGUUUUGGACCGAGGAGUUAUAAUGGAAUACGACCAUCCUUGGAAACUUUUGCAAAAUGAGAACGGAAUUUUGUCUUCGCUGGUGAAAACAACGGGGAAAGCUAGUAGUGCUUUACUAAGGGAUGCAGCGGAAUUGAGUUACAACAAAAGAAAUUCAAAACAAACAUAGAUAGUUAAUUUUAAUUUUUCAUUUGAUGAAUAAACUCAUGUAUUUCGCUGUA